UAGCAAAAAUGCUGUUUGUUUCAUCAGCUAGUGAAGAAAAACUGACCAAAUAAGUACUUUCAUAAGCAGUUUGAGGAUGAGGUGCUUUUUCUGAUAGAGAAAAGGCAGAGGAAAGAGAGAAAAUGGGAGUUCAAAACAACAGUCCAAGAGCUUCCCCAAGAAGAAAAUCUACAACCCUUCAACACUUGUUUGAUCUCGAUGCCAAAAGCGCUUCUGACAGCAAAACUAUUAUUGGCAGUCAAUCUUCUUCCAGUUUGGAAAAUGAAGAAAUCCUGUCAGCAAUCUCCAUCUGCAAUUUCAUCUGCACCUUCACCGAUCCGAGCGAAUGCCCUACGCAACAAGAACUUAAAAGGCAGAAGCUUUUGCAGCUUCUUUCGAUUGUCAAAUCCUCGAAGAAGCCUCUGCAUGAUCAAGUCAUGACGUCUCUCAUUUCCAUGAUAUCGUUGAACAUUUUCCGGUCUCUCCCUCCUCCUUCCAAUCCCACAUAUGCCAUGGACUUUCCCGACGAUGAAGACCCCAUUUCCACCUUUUCCCCUGUGUGGUCACACCUGCAGUUAGUCUACGACAUACUCAUCCGCCUUGUGAUUAACAAUGAUCCUAAGUUACUCAGAGGCUACAUUGACAACCAGUUUGUUGUCAACCUCCUUGCCCUCUUCCAAUCAGAAGACCCGAGAGAGCGCAACAGCUUGAAGAAUGUGUACCAUAGAAUAUAUUCUCGAUUCACAUUCUACCGUUCGUCCAUGAGGAAAUCGAUGAAUGAUGUGUUCUUGCACUAUGUGUUUGAGACAGAGCGGCAUUGUGGGAUCAGAGAGUUGCUUGAGAUAUGGGGAAGCAUAAUCAAUGGCUUCACCGUGCCGCUGAAGGAAGAGCACAAGCUGUUUUUGAUGAGAGUGCUUAUUCCUUUCCACAAGACCAAGGGGUUGCAGGGCUACCACAAGCAGCUGGCUUAUUGUGUGUCGCAAUUUGUGCAGAAGGAGCCCGUACUUGGCGGAAUUGUGGUGAGAGGAAUUCUGAGGUAUUGGCCCAUGACGAAUUGCCAGAAGGAGGUUUUGCUGGUUGGGGAGCUGGAGGAGCUGGUGGAGAAUAUUGACCCUGAUCAGUAUAGGAAGUUGGCCCUGCCUCUGUGCGUACAGAUAACAAGAUGCUUGAACAGUUGGAACUCACAGGUAGCAGAGAGAGCCCUCUAUGUUUGGAACAAUGAGCAGUUUGUGAAGAUGAUAUCAGUGGCAAUGGAGGAAGUGUUUCCAGUCGUGGUUGAAGGCAUGGAGAAGAACUUGAAGUGGCAUUGGAGCAAAAGCGUCCGGCAACUGACAGAAAACGUGAAGGUGAUGCUCGAAGAAAUGGAUCCAGUUUUGUACUCCAAAUGCCUGGAAGAAAUUGAGCUAAGAGAAUCCAAGGCCAACCAAGCAGAACUCAAGAGGAAGGAGAAAUGGGACCGAAUAGAAAUGGCUGCAGCAGCCAAGCAUCAGUUUCCCCAACCACAACAUUUCAUGUGUGUUUCUCACUAAAAUUUAAAUCAACAAUGUAUACAACAAGUAGUCUCUGCUGGGUUUUUUGGGUUUGGUUUCAUACCCAUUGUAGAAGGUUUCUAGUUGGUCCUUCUAUUUAUUAGAAGAAAAUACUCAACUCCUUACGUGUAACGAGUUAUUCCUUCUUACAGAUCAAUUAGAUUAUGAUAUGUAUGCUAAAACUUUCUAUUUUGUGGUUAA